AUGACUAAUUUAGUAAGAUUUACAUUUCCAUCAUCUGUUACAAAUAUUCCUAAUAAUUGUUUUUUAAAAUGCACUAAAUUAUCUCAGAUUGAUAUUCCAUUUGAUAGCAAUAUUACAAGUAUUGGGAAAUGGAUCCUUCACGCAACGUUAGUAACAGAAUUUAAUAUUCCUGCUAAAGUAAACAAUAUUGCAAGUGCUUUUCUUGAGUAUUCAAAUCUUCAAUCUCUUUCUGCGGAUAGAUUGAAUCAAUAUUUUUAUGUUCAAAAUUCAAUAUUGAUUGAAGCAAGUUCAAAGACUGUUCACAGUUAUCCUCCGAAGAAAUCAGGACCAGUCACUAUUCCAGAAGGAAUAAAUUCAAUCGGAUAUGCAUCAUUCUCUUCGUGUAAAAUUACUUCUGUGACUUUUCCAACUAACUUGACUUUGAUUAGUGAUUUAGCAUUUCAAGACACAAGACUUUCUGAAGUUAUUAUUCCUGAUUCAGUUUCUUCAAUCGGAGGCUCUGCUUUUGCAUUAUGUUCAUCAUUAAAAUACGUUAAAUUACCAAAUAAACUUGUUUCAUUAAGAUCAAACUGUUUCAAACGAACUAAUCUUUCAUCGAUAGAUUUACCGGAUACUCUCAAAAUUAUAAAUGAAAAUUGUUUUAUUGAAUGUCCGAACUUGAAAGAGGUUGUAUUGCCUGAGAAUUUAGAUACUUUGAAUGGAAAAGUUUUUGAUACUACGACAAAUCUUGUAUUCAAACAAAACUCCAAUUUUUAUAUAAACCAAGAUUAUGUCAUUCUUACAAAAGACAAUUCAACAUUAGUUCAAUACAUUGGAGGAAAUGAAGCUAAAGAAAUUUCUGUUCAUUCUAAUGUUAAUGAAAUAAAAGCAUCAGCUUUCUCUAAUAAAAAUUUGUUGGCAAAAGUUAUUUUUACAUCCGAUUCUAAAUUACGAAUUAUUCAAAAUAAUGCAUUUUAUAACUGUCAAAACAUGAAAUUUAUUGAGUUACCUGCACAACUUACUAUAAUUAAAGACAGUGCAUUCUUUAAUUGUAGUAAAUUGGAAUCUAUUUCAUUGAGUUUUUGUGAUACAAUAGGAAUAAGUUCAUUUGAAAACUGUAAAAAUUUAAAAUCAGUGUCAAUGGAAGAUAGUCCUUUAACAUCGAUCCCAAAGAGCUGUUUUUCCGGAUGUUCUAGUUUAACUAAUAUCAAACUCCCAUCUUUAUUGACUACUAUUGAUCAAUCAUCAUUUUUUGGAUGUUCAUCCCUAUCAAAGGUAACAUUCCAUGAUAAAAUUUCUUCAAUUGGAGAUAGUAGUUUUAAACAAUGUAAUCUCCAACAAGUGGAUAUCAGUUUCUGUAUCAAUCUCACUGAAAUAACAGAAAAUUGUUUCAGUGAUAAUUUAUUACUAACUGAAAUCAAACUUCCGCAAAAUAUUACAACGCUUGGUUCAUAUUGUUUCAGUAAUACUGGAUUAAAAGAAUUUACUUGUCCAUUGUCACUUCAAAGAAUCAAUUCAAAUUCGUUCAUGUCAUGUGAAUCUCUUUCAACAUUAAUAAUUCCAUCUGAUUGUAAACUUAAUUUCAUUGGUGCUGGUUCCUUUAGGAAUUGUUUCAGCAUUUCCAAUAUUUCUUGUAAUAGUAAGAAUUAUAAAGUUAUUACGGGUGCUCUUUUUGAUAGCGCAUUAUCAUCGCUUAUUUUGUUCCCACCUGCAUCAGAUGUUAAGUUCUUUUCACUUCCUGGAACUACAACAAACAUUGGUGAAGGUGCAUUCAUGAGCUGCAUAAAUCUUCUCAGUAUUAUGAUUCCAAGCAACAGUGUCCAACAGAUAUCACAAAAUGCUUUUGAAGGAUGUCGAAAUCUAAAGAUGAUUAAUAUUCCUAUUUGCGUAAAGAUCAUUGGGCAAGAUGCAUUCAAAGAUUGUGAUCAACUUUCAUGUGGCUGCCAGAUUGAGAACAGAAACAAAACAUUUCUUUUUGAACUAAUUGAAAAGAGUAAACUUCCAAGACGAUGCAUCAAAAACUGUGAAGAAUUAUGUUCAUUCAAAAAUAUGAAAUGUAUAACAUCUCAAUUUUUAAUUCAUCCAUUCAUUGUUAUGUUAUUAUAA